AUCGUAUCCUAUUCGGGUUCAGUUCGACCCGAUCCUACAUCUCGAACCAGGCUAUCAGGAAUAGCUUGAUUUCUACCUCUUCCUAUCUUCGCAUCGAACACACCGAAGCAAUCGACGGUCCAGAUUCGCCGACUAUAGUCUCCGAUUGUCGAUGUUAUUUACCGCCCACGCGCUCCAUCUAAGCUCAAGUACUUAUAUAUCUAUGCGCAGAUUCAAUUUCUGAGCAAGAGUCGCUUUCCAUGGCCUCUUCGGACAACGAAGAUGAAUCCCUCGCCCGAUUCCUGGAAUCCGAAGUCCUCGCGUUUGCCGACCAGGAUAAAGAGAAUGAUGAAGAAGAGAAGGGAGGCAGAGAGACAAAGGAGAUGACAUCCAAUAAUGACAUAGAAGAGAAUGAGGAUCCGGUGAAGGAGUGGGGAGAAGAAAGAGCACUCAAGAAAAUGAGAUUUGUUAAAGAUGAGGUCCAGAUAGACGAGGAACAUAAGGAAUUAGCAGAAGGAAUUAGAGUUGACGUAGCUGAACAAGUGAAAUCUGUAUUAUCAUCUCCAUUUUUAGCUAAGGGUGCAUCUGCUUCAUUGGAGAUCAACAAUACAGUUAAAGAAAGAAAAAACAAUGCUCUUUGGGCUCUGAGGUGGAUGGAAACUGGGGUUUUUCGCAAAAUACCUCCUGAGUUGCUUCACCAAAUACUUAAAUUCCUUUCCUCAGAGGAUCUUGUUGCGUGUUCACUCUCUUGCAAAUUCCUGAACUAUGCUGCAUCUGAUGAAUCGUUGUGGCGUCGACUGUACUGUAUGAGGUGGGGUCUGCUUCCACCAAAUAGACCACGGGAAUGUGCUUGGAAGAUGAUGUACAUUCAGCGAGAUACAGAUGAUAUGGCGGAGUUUGUUAGGCACUGUCCAUCUGAAUUCAAACAAUAUUACAUCCAAAUGCAGGCAGCAAAGAGAAGCCAAGCUCCUCUUCUUUCACAAGUGAAUGAUGAUCAUAUAAUACUUGAUAAGACUAUAGCUGAUCAAAUCUCCAUAUGGAAGAAAAACAAAGGCCUUAGUGAUAAAGUGUGGGCAGAUCAUGCUUGCUCUGGGGAGACUUGCACUUACUAUCAAAUUGGUGAUGUGUUUCUUUGUGAGAGUACAGGACAAGUGCAUGUAUGUGAUGACACAUGCAAGGAAGUCGUUCUUGAUCCAUCAAAUGAGCUCUUGGUGUGUACCAUUUCAGGUCACUGUUUUGACAGAAUGCUGUCUCCAUCAGAAAUAGAUCUGGAUGCGGAACAACAGCAGGGCAGUGGGAUUGACGAAGCAGAACCGUUCAUGGGAUCUGGCCGAUUUGCUCGAGCUUAUUUGCUAGGCUACAACUGUGAUGAUGAGAAGGAACUUGAAGCUGCUUUGAGGUUCUGCUAAUCUUAUUGCUUGCAUGUGUAUAUAGCUGUAUCGUCUUCUUGUAAUUUGGAGUCUGGACCGUGGUAGAUUAUGCUUACCAUGUCGGCAUGGUAGACCAUCGGCUCGAGCGUGGUAGGGUGUUGUUUCAGUAAUGGCUUUUCACUUUAAGUUAUUAUUAUUAUUAUUACUUUUAAUGUAUGAUUAUGAUAUCUUAUUACAACAACUUAUCACAUCCCAAAUAGAGGUUAUAGCAAUGCAGCAUGAUGCAUUUCCCCCCGAUAAUAAUUAUUUUCAUGGUUAGCAUUUAAGUAGAGAGAAAAUGUAGGUUGCUGUGAAUUGGUGAUUUUUUCACAAAAUUAUGGGUGCAGUAACCAAAAUCCUACAAGUCUACAACUCUACAUUUAGGGGUGACCUUGUUAUGAUAAGAUGAUAACCAGAACAAGACUAUCGGUUGAUCUGAGUUUGAAACGGAAAACAGUUCCAAACCGAAUCAGCUCAAGGAAUCGGCCGCAAUUUCUUGCUUUUCGUGAAUUUAAUGACCGUCCGUUGAACAUAUUUAUAUUUUGAUUGAACGUAUUUUAAUUGAGUAUAAUUUGAAUGAUAAGGUGUUUGCUAUUGGUUUUGAUAAUGC